CCCGAGACUUACGGUCUCCGUCCCCGAUUAUGGCUCCUGUUUGAAUUUAUUAAUUAAUUUCUAUGUUGUUGUAAAUGUUGAAUACAUAAUGAUUUGAUUUAUCAAAUGUAAGCUCAGGCGCGGAUCCAUACCAGUUUCCACCGUUUUACAGAAGUCGGUCAGAUUUUUCAGAAUGACUAAGAAACUAAAUCCAGAACAUUUCCUAAAGGAACAUGGUCCUGUUCCUUUCUUGAAAUUCGAAGGUACUUGUUGUUUCGGAAAUCAGUCACUAUUCAUUCUAGAUCCGCUCAUGAAGCUCAGUUAUGUAUUUCUUUUUUUGCUCUGUGUGACUUGUAUGUGGAACCCGCCCCGCAAACAGUGUAAGCUACAAAUUUACAUGUAUGUACAUGUAGAACGAAUGAUGAAGUGUUAAAGUUCCUCCCGAGUGUUUUGUUAUAUAUUGUUGUUGUUGCAGCUGUGGUUGUGCAAGUAUCCGAACAUAGCCAAUUGCUUCGAAUAAGUAGUUACUGGUACCUAUUGUCGGACAAAACCUAUAUUCGGACAGCUGAGGCAAGACUCCGAAGUCUGGGAGAAAACCUCGUCACAAAUCCAGCUUUUUCCUUCGACGGCAGCUCUGGUCUUGAGUCUAGGGAUCGCCGAUUUUUAUUGAGAUCCGUUUAUGGUUUUCUGGGAAGGAGCAUGCAAUUCGUAUUUUACGAAGAAAAUGUGGCCUCUUUUACACGUGAAAAAUCCAACCGCGCGGGAAAAAAAAAAUGACACGGAAACAUUUUCAUUAACUAACAAGCAACCACUUACCCCUUUGUCAGAUGAGCUUGUGAGCAUUUUGUUGUUUUUGUCUUCAUGUCCGUUAACUGAUCUUUUAAGCCAACUUACGUUAGGCAAAUUUUCUCCCGAAAGGUACCACUAAAAUGAAAUCAAACAGGGCUAGUAGCUAAUUGACAUCCUAAACUUAAGCUGGAAGAAAAGUCGAAAUAAAAAAGCUUUUUAUUCGUUAUAAUUAUGUGAUGAAACUUAAGUGUUCGACAAGAUAAUGCUUGAGACAAGGGGGCUUGAGACAUGUCUUCUUGUUGUUUACCCAUGCGCGUGCUUAAUACUUUAAACACCCAAUCAAAAAUUCGCUCCCAGGUCUCUUUGUCCACAAGAGAUCUGGGAACAAGAGUCACCCAACGAGAAACAUUGAAGUGACAUUUUCGCGACUUACGUCAUCUUCAAAGUUGAACAUCUAACUAAAGGUAAAUCCAUAAGCAAGUUCAUAGCUCGGAAGUUUUCAAAUUUAAGUUUGCGUACACAUAGCAUUUUCCCGAAAGGCGAAACUAAUGAAGCGCGCGCGAGUGCAAGCAAGGUGACGUCACAAAGGUCGCGAGUUAAUUCUGCAAGUCGAGAACAUGAAGUCCUCAAGUUCAAGACAGAUGACUUUCACAGGAUGUUUUAUGACUCGUAAUAACUGCUUGGACUGACGAGCAAAAAUGGCUUUGAGUCCAAGGGCAAAACAACGAUACGAGACCGACAAACAACUCGGCUGUUUUCCGCGAAGCACGCCCGAAAACUCCAAAGAACGACCUGAUGGAAAUUCCUUGAAGACUUCAAGAGAUGCUUUUGAAGAGAAAGAGAAAGAGCUGAGAGAGAUUCGAAAUUACUGGCAGGAAGAGUACAAAAGUAAGGUGAGUGAAGUGGCAAAUCUCGAAGCCGCUCUUAAAGAAGCCGUUGAAUCUCGAAAUAAUGAGGUCGAAGAACUGACAGUGUCUUACGAAAGUGCGCUAAGUCUUCAGAAUAGCGAGAUUUCGCAGCUUAGGCAAACUUUAGAUGAACUUAUGGGAACCAAAGAAGAGAUUCUCGCCUCGGCGGAAAAGUCGACAGAAAGUAAACUCCGCGCGAAAGACGCAGAAUUGUUGAGGUUGAGGAUCUGGCUUGAAGAGGCGAAGAAAUCGAAUUCCCAGGGCAGGGAAGUCUUAACUUCGUACCAAAAGAGGUUAAGACAAAAGGAAAUGGAGAUUGAAGAGCUUAAAAUGUCGAGUAAAGAGGAAAUCCAGGUUCUUGAACAGGAAGUGAGGAGAUUGAAAGCGCUUUUAUCGGAAGUCAUAGCUGAAAAAGACCAAGACUCUGAAAACACAAAGUUCACUUUGGAUAGUGUGGUAGAAGAAAAGGAAAGACAGAUGAAAAUGUUGAAAGAAUCGUCAGAUAAUGUGCUGACGUUAAAGAAUGACGAAAACAAACGAAAAGAGAAAGAUAUUAAACGCUUGAAGUGGGAGUUGGCUGGAAAAGAAACAGAAAUUGAGCAAUUGCAGAAGACCAUUGAAAAUUUACAGAAUUUGAUAAGUGUAACUGAAGAGGAGAAAAGUAAACUGAUCGCAGCUUUGCGUACAGCUUCCGAAACGAGAAGACGUGAAAUGGCAGAACUACAAGAACGUCAACAGAAGUUAUUAGAAGAUAAAGAUAAUCAGCUGAUGUCAUUAGAAAUACUAAGUAAGGAGCAGCAGAAACGCCAUGAGAUGGCAUUAAGAGACAAGGAUCGGCAAAUGGAUGAGUUGUCUACUAAACUGAAAUGCAUUGAAUCACAGUUAGUUACUGAACUGUCAGAGAAAGGGUACAAUGAAAACCUCAAGACGAAAAUACCGUCCAUGUUAACAAAGAUGAGUGAUCUGAAGGAAGAGAAAGGAGUUUUAGAGAAGGACGUCGAAGAUUUGUUAAGAGAUGUUCACGCAAAGGAAACCAAACUGAAUGACAUUCAUAAAACGUUUGAGAGCGAAUCUCAGGAAAAGCAAGUUUUGAAGCACAAAUGUGACUCCUUGGCUCAAGAUCUUGAUAACUGGAAGUCUGCGAUGAAACUAAUCGAGGAAGAGAGGAACUCCCUUGAAAAUGAAGUAAAACGUCUCGGAGAUGAGCUGGAAAGUAAAAGCAGGACUUGCUGUGAGUUUGAGUACAAGGUUCAAUCGUUGGAAUCCGUUCGACAAAAUUUGGAGGACGUGAUUGGGCAAUUACGCAAGGAAAACACAGACUUGUUCCAAGGACAAAAGAACCUGGAAUUUGUUGUUCGGGAGAGGGAUCAAGAACAACAUUUGCUGAAAGAAAAGUUGAACGUCUCUGAAAAUAAAUUUGCUUUAGAAAUCGAGCAUAGAGCAAUGAAAGAGGAAAAUAACACAGCGACUCUAGAAAAUCUGAGAAGCAAAUAUAAAGAAACUCGGCGAGAAAAUGACGAACUGAAGGCUAACCUGGAUGAGCGAGAGAAAGACGUGGCUAGCCUAAGUAGCUUACUAGAAAAUGCAAAACAACAAGAACAUAAGUUAGAGGCAGAGCUGGAUCAGCUUUCUGAGGAGUUGGAGGUUCUGAACGAGAAAUAUAUUCGAGGGAAUAAUGAAAAGGAGAUAUUAGAGCGGUCGUUAACAAAUGCUGUUACCUUGAAGGAACAAGAACUCGAAGAAAUGCAACAGAAGUUGGAGAAAAGUAAUAACGACCAUAAAAAUGAGAUGGAAAAGCGAGAAGAGUGUUGGAACGAGGCGUUAAAAGCUAAAGACGAUCUUCUCAGAGAUGUAAAAAGAUCCUCCGAUGAACAAGUUGUCUGGAAGGAGGAAGAAAUUCGACAGCUUGGAAAGUCGUUGGAAGAAACAAAAAUGGAAUUCCAAUCAGUGAGGGAAUCAUUGGAAAGAAGUUUAAUCCUGAAAGAAGACGAGAUUUCCCUCCUAGGAAGGAAAUUUAAUGACAGUCUAACGGCAAAGGAAGCAAGGAUUGUAGAAAUCACAACGGCAAAUGAAGACAUGCUUUGGAAAAGAGAGGAAAUGCAGAAAGAAUUGGAAGAAUAUAAAGUCAAGUUAGACCGAGCGACUGAGGUGGCAUGCCAACAAGAUUCCGAUAUCACCCUUACGAAAGAGAAAAUAGCUCAACUGGAAGAUAAGUUAGGAGAGAAAGAAGAGUUGUUGCAGAAUGCCGAGAAAGAAGUCGGAGAUCUCCAAUCUCGCUUAAAGGAAGAGGAAGAAAAUUAUGUAACAGAAAUUAAAGAUGUCAUUCAGUCGGCCGAAGUAGGAUUCAAGGAACGGGAAAAUGUAGCAGAAAAUUUAAAGGCCAUAAUUCAGGAAAACGCUGUGAAGUAUCGUCUGGCUUUACAGAAAAAAGACGAUAAAAUUAAUGUCUUGAAGAACGCGUUAGAGAAUUCAGACAAAGACGCGGAAGACUUACGAGUCAAUUUGGCAACCCUUAUUCAGGAGUCUGGUGACAGCGAAGCAAAACUAAGACAUGAUCUGAAGAAGCUGGAAGACGAGAGAACAUCUCUAGAGGAAAGAAUAUCCCAGUUGACAAAAGCUUUGGAGCGGCGAGUCGAGGAGUUUAAGCUGAUGGAAGGUAAUAUGGUGAAUGCUGUGUCAGACUUUGACAAGCAACAGAAGAUUAAAGACGACGAAAAACAGAAGAUUUUGGAUGAGUUGGAUAAUGAACGAGUCAAGGUGAAGAAAUUAGAAGAAGGUUAUUCGUUGCUCAAAUUGGAAGUAGAACGCAAAGAAAGCUUGGAAAGGCAGCUAGAAGAAACAUCGAGUAAUCUUUCAAAACUCCAAGACAAUUUCUACCAAGUUGAGUCUUUGUUGAAGUUGGCAGAGAACGAGAAGCUUCGUGUGGAGGAAGUGAAACAAGAUCUGCUUCAAGAGUUAGAGACACAGAAGCGAUUUUGCGACGCGAAAGACGAGAAAAUUAACCUUAUGUUACAGAAGAUUAAGAUGCUAAGAAAGAACCACUUCGAAGCGGCACAGAAGCAAGAAAAGCUUGAAGAAAAUGUGGUCACUUUGCAAAUUAAGUUAAAUGAGAAAGAAGUGGAGAUGAGUGAGUUGAGACAAGACAGGGACAACAAACAAGACGAGUUUUACCAACGUUCAGUUCUUCUUGAAGAAAUAGUGCUGAAAAAAGACGACUUGGAGAAACAGAUCACAACACUUGAGAGUAAGGUAGAUACGCAGAAAGCAGAAAUCGAAGAAGCAACAGAGAGAGAGAACGAACUCAAGGGAGCAGUUCAAGAGCUGUUAGCAACGUUAAAGGAGAACGAAUCAAACGCUAGGGCUCUUGUUUCAAAUGUCAAGGACGAAAAAGCGGAGAACGAAAAACUUUGCUCAGAGUACCAGAACUUCAAAGCAUCUGCAAUGAAAGAGCAAGAUCGCAUGCACGAUGAACUGGAUCAUUUACACAGUGAGUUAGAAAAAAACGAAGGAUUGCUUUUGGUUCUUAACAAAGAAAAGGAAAGUUUGUUGACCGAGCUGGGCAAGUUGAGACAAUCCGAAGAAAACACGAAGACAAAUUUGGAAUGUCAUAUCAAGAGUUUAAAGAGAGAAAAAGAAAACCUGCUUGCAAAGCUCGCAUCUUUGGAUAAAGAAACGAAACAUCGAUUUGCAGAAAUUUCAGAAGUCUACUCAGCCUUGAAAUCCGCUGAAGUGUGUAAAGAGAUUUUGGCACACGAGCUUGAAAACUUGAAGGUAUCUUCCUUGGCUAAAGAAACGAGUUUGUGUGAAGCUCGGAGAUCACUUGAAACUGCACAAAAGGAGAACAGCCGUUUAAAAUGCGACAUAAAGGGUCUGGAAACUAACUUGAACCGCGAGAUAAAAGAGAAAAAUAAUCUCGUGGAAAGGUUUGAAGAGUUGAAGAACUCAACUUUACAAGUGAAGCAAAAUAUGGAGGAUGUUCUGUUGGAAAAGGAGAAUGUGAUUUCCAAUUCUGAGAGUUUCAUGCGUCAAAUGAAGGAAGAAAACGAAUCUCUUAGGAAACGCCUUUCCAAAUGCGAAGGAGAAUUAAGAGCUGACAAGAAAUGUGUUGUGGCUCUUUUGGAGAGACAAAGAGCGAUGACUGCCCAAAUUGAUUCGCUGUGUAAGGAUAAAGAAAUAUUGAACGCUUCUCUGAAGGACAUGGAUCUGUUUCCAGUAAAGCUGAAGACCACCGAAGGUAAGCAAAUGCUUGAAAUUAGCUUAAAUGAAAACAAGCAAGUAACUUCAGCAUAAACUAAAGAAACGCACUGGUCGCCGUUUCUAUAGUUUUGAAUGGCUCGAGGUCUCGAGCGUGUGACUGGAGCACUUUCCUCUCUCGGAAUUAACUGAAAUAAUUUCAAAAACGUUUUGUUCUAACCGCCUUCAAACCAAUAAUAACUACACUUGAUACAUCACGUCUAAACGUAGUCUUCGUGUCUUGUGACCUUCGAUGUAACAAGUACUUCUACCGGUUGAAGCUCGGUUUAGACCAGGAUGAUGCAGCUCAGCCUCCGCCUCGUGGUGGUUCACCUGCAAAGCCCCCCAAUCAGGCAUACGUUUGCUCGUCUGCGUAUAAAUAAUCGGGCUGUAAUUAAGUUACCCUGUUCCAGGCGUUCUGUUAGUUGGGAAACAGCGCGUAAAACGGUGCGAGAAAAAUAAGGAAGGAAUUUGAGGACAGAAGUGAAAGUCUUUGGUUUUUCAGCGCCGCAUUCCUCAGACACUUAUUUUUUUCUCUCACAACUCCUUCCCUUUGCUCCUCAACUGACAGAACGCUGGGAAGAGGUUCACGUAAUAACAUCAGAAGGGUGGAAACCACUAUUCUGAGGAACACCUUCUGCUUAUAUGCCCAUAUACAUUAAGAUUCGGGAAUGUAUUAAGAAUGCAAAUAGUGUCAUUUCAAUUAUAAUCUUUCAUUGUUAGAAUCACUAUGC